AUGAAGUUCGGGAAGAGCAUAUGCGUGCUUAAUGUGGGGGGAACCCGGUACGCCUUCACUCGUGAGGUGAUCAGGGAUUUCCCACUCCGACGCGUCAGCCGCUUACAUGCCUGCGCGACCGAGAAAGAGGUCCUAGAAUUGUGCGACGACUACGACCGGGACCGGAACGAGUUCUUCUUCGACCGCCAUGCGCAAGCUUUCGUGUUCAUAAUGCUGUACGUGCGCUCCGGCAAACUCCGGUUUGUCCCCGGAGUCUGCGAGCUAUCCUUCUACACCGAGAUGCUGUACUGGGGGCUGGAGACCGCGCACCUGGACUCCUGCUGCCAGAAGCGCCUGGACGAGAGGAUGUCCGACAUCGGGAUGGACAGUCUCUCAGAGGGGGACAUCGUACUGUCCGGGGAUGAGUGCCUGACUCCGGAGGAGACGGUGCAACAGAUUGAGCUCACAGGACGCGCCAAAUGGCUGGAGAGGAUGCGCAAAACCUUCGAGGAUCCUAAUUCUUCCCUGGCGGCGCAGCUUCUGGCUUCGGUGUCCGUGAUUUUCGUGAUUGUUUCUAUGAUCAUGCUGUGUGCCAGCACGCUGCCGGACUGGGAUACGGCUAAGAAGACUACCGUGGAAGAGCACAGGAUAGUGGAGGCCGUGUGCAUCGGCUGGUUUACAGCUGAGUGCAUUGUGCGCUUUCUGUUGGCCAGAGACAAGUGCGACUUCAUCCGCCAUCCGCUGAACAUCAUCGACGCGAUUGCCAUUACCCCCUACUAUGUCACCAUGGCAAUGGCCGGAGCUGGGAUGCCGGGUGCCGGGCUCGGGGUCGCUGGAGUGAUACUGCGCGUGCUGAGGAUGAUGAGAGUGUUCUGGCUCAUGAAGCUGGCCAGACACUUCCUGGGCCUGCAGACUCUGGGGCUGACGCUCAGGCGCUGCUACAGGGAGAUGGUGAUGCUCAUGGUGUUUGUCUUCGUGGCCAUGGCGAUAUACAGCGCCCUGGCACAGCUGCUGGAGCACGGCUUGGACUUGGACUCGCAGAACCAGGAUUACGCCAGCAUCCCGGCCGCCGCCUGGUGGGUCAUCAUCUCCAUGACUACAGUAGGGUACGGGGAUGUGUAUCCUGUGACGACUGGGGGACGAGUUCUCGGAGGGAUGUGUGUUGUGAGCGGGAUUGUUCUCCUGGCUCUGCCCAUCACUUUCAUCUACCACAGCUUUGUUCAGUGCUACCACGAACUGAAGGUCCGCUCCGCUAGAUACGCACGAAACGUGUCUUCAGAGAUGCUGCAGUGAACCAAAUCAGACGCAAACACAGCGAACCAGGGGAUCUCCUUGUGAAAUAACCAACUAUGUGAACUGCUCUGUCUCCUGGCUUUGGCACACUGCAAAAACACAAAGUCUUAUCAAGUGUUUUUGUUUUGUUUCCAGUGCAAAUAUUUCAAAAGACAACUAACUUACAAGUAACUUUUCAUUCAGAUCUAGGAGCUUGUUAUAAGACAAUAAUUCUCUAAAAUUGAUUUUUAAAAAAGUACAAGUUCCAUUGGCACAUUAUUGAAUUUAUAACAUGAACAAAUUGUCUUAUUAUGAGUGAGAAAAUCUGUCAGUAGAACCAGUACUGUUUAUUUACUUAAACCCAAUCCAAUAUCUUAAUGAAAGGGUACUUGUAAGUCAGUUUCAUCUGACUUCAAGUGUACAAAUAUUUUUCUCUAGAGGCUACGCACAAAAAAAAAAGUUGUAAGAUGUGUUUUUGCAGUGCAGCAUUCAAUAUUGGCUGGGGGCCAAAACUGGCUAAUUUAAACCACUCAAAGCAUACAAAAUCCAUUAAAUUAAAGAUGUAAAAUGUAGUUAAUUGUGACUUUUUCUUUUACCUAUACUUUUUUUUAAGGAAAUCUGUAAAUCAUUAGAGAUACAAAACAUAUACAGGGUUUCAGAUUGUUGCCUUAUUGACAGAAAAAUCUUUUUUUUUUUUGGAUAAUCAAUUCUUUUCUGUUUUGUUUGACAAAUCUGAACCUUUCUUGAGGCCACAAGUGGCCCCCAGGCCACACUUUGGACACCCUUCCUCCACAUAGCCCCUGUCUCCAGCAGAACCGAUUAUAACUGACCAGCAAACAAAGUGAAGUAAUCAGUAUCUUACCUGCAGAUAGGCAGAGAGGUUCAGAGUACAAAUUUUCAAAAUAAAAGUCAAAAGGUAUCCCUUUUUCCUGUUUUUGUUUUUUGUGCAUUUAAAUCUCUCAGAUCCUAAAAAUAAUUUUAAUUUAAAAGAUAACCUGAAUGCAAAAAAAAAUGUUUUCUAACAGGGUGAGAGAAUUAUCUACAGUAUACUCACACCCCAUAAACCUAAAACUUAGUCCUUGGCAGCAACAACUCCAUCACAUUAAUUGACGAUGAGUCUCUAAUAUUGCUUUGAGGGAAUUUUGAAUUAUGUACUUCCUGUUUAUGUUCAGCAUCUCAGUCAGAUUUAAGUCUAAACUUUGACUAGGCCACUUACAAUCAUACUGCCACCACCAUGUUUGACUGCUAAUAUGAUGUUCUUUUUCUCAGAUUCUCCGUUAGUUUUACAGCAGGUGUAAUAGGAUGUACACCUUUCUAAAAGUAUUUCUUUGAACAUCUCAAUCCCCAGAUUUUUUGGUUUAUUUUUCUACAUUUUUUUGGAGAUCAUGAGGAGAUCAUAGUUUUUGUUUCUUUAGCUGUUUUUCUUCAUCAGUGAUUUUACCAUCUUAUUCGUUUCUUUCUUAUUGUUGAAUCAUGGAUUCUGACUGUAGCUGAAGCAAGUGGAAAUAAAUUUUUCUCACCUGCCCAGGUUUGUUUUGAUAGAUUAUUUCCCCGAUAAAUUUGUUAUUUCUUAUUUUAAUCAGCUUAUCUUUGUUAAAAAUAGUUUGAAGACAUAAAUUGUUGUUUUUCCAACUUAUGUUUGUAAAGCUAUGUAGUAAAAAAAAAAAAAGAACAGCAAUAUUUUUGGUUUAUUUAGCCUGCCAUACAGAACAAAAAUGGGCGUUCAUUUUAUAAAGUCAUAUUUUCACCAUGUCAUUCAUGCAUUCAUAAGUAUCAUCCCAAACUAAAUAUUUAAUUCACAAGGUAAAUGUUUAGCUUGGCCCGAAAUAUUUAGGUCAAAGCAAAAUAGUUCAGAUUAGGAAAUAAAUAUUUUGUUUAGAAAAUAAACAUUCAUGUUUAUUUUCUAAAUAAACCUUAUUCAACAAUAAGGUUUGUGUUAAUUAGCUAACACAAAUUAAUAUUUAAUUUUCAGGUCAAUGUUUAGCUUGUAAACUAAAUUAAUUAAUUGCAUUAGUUUCUCAAGCUAAACGCUUGGUUGAUGAAUUAAAUAUUAAAUUAGGAACUAAGACAUUCAUAAACAUAUGAAUGACAUGGUUAAAAUAUGAUUGAAAAAUUAACUCAACUUUUGUCUCUAUGACAUGCUAAAUACAUCAUAAUAUUGCUGUUAAUUUUUUACUGUGUACCUUACAAACUGCACCCCACUAUAAUCUUAUAAUCUGGUAAACAGAUUAUAUGUCAUCAUUUCUGAAGAAAGUAUCUGAGGAAUGUCCCACCUCAUCCCGGCGUGAAUUAUAUCCUAAAUUAUAUUUCCUGCCAAGUAUGGUUGAUGUAAAAAGUGGAAGUAAGGACGUUUUAAAGGCUGAAACGACGUCCCGAAGCAGCCCCAGUUUGACCAGUACUGGCCUAUAAUCCUGUGGUAGAGUCUCCAUGUUCCUCCAACCUCACUUGAUGAUUUCUGUCUUCUGCAGGUAAGCUACAGCCUACUAAUACCUACUUCAAAGAGCUCGUGCUUCACCACCUGGCGUGUACCUUUAAAAGCACAGCGUGCAGAUAAACACACACAGAAUUAUUUAUUAGAGACACACAAGUAAAGCCAAUCCCAUUUUAUCUAUGGUUGCUGUUUACACUGUGUCCCCAUGGUUACAGAUCAGGCAGAAAUGGCUGCAUCGGUGUGUGUGUAUGCGCGUGUGUUUGUUUGUCUGGCUGUUGGCCGCUCACUUUUUCAGAGAUUUAAACCCAGAUGGAGCAAGUUACACAAGAAUGAUGUGUGACCUAGAUGCAUUCUGUGAGACCGGUGUGAAAUAAGGAGAGAGGCGCGAACAAAUGCGAGGGGUUACACAGAGGACUCAGAGUGUUAGAUGAGCUUUAAGCCAAGAAUAAUGAAAUAUGGGUUUGGGUCAGAAGGGACCUCAAAGUGGCAGACAAUAAAACAGACACAGAUACAACAGGACAGAUGGAGUCUGAGAUGGAGGAUGAAAAAAAUACUGCAAGAAAAAAAAAAAAAGACAAAGCCCAAGCACAAAGAAGGAAAAGCUGCUUCUUUAUUUGUGAGUGAAUGUGAGGCAUUUUGUGUUUCUCAGUCUCCAAGGCAACCUCAUCCUCCAACAUGCCAAUCAUUAUGGUGGUUGAUUUCUGUGCACGCAAAUAGACUGCAUCCACGCACACCUCCUGGAUGGUGCUCAACAGCUUUGUCCUGGGAUUUUUGUGGAGAAUCACAACACAAAUCGAGAUAAAACUGAGAGCAAAAAAAGAAACGUGUGUUUGAAAAAAAAAAAAGAUCAUCCAGGGCUGCCACAAAUGAUGGUUCUGACAUUGAUACAUUGAUAACUCAUGCAUGUUUGUGGCGUUCUUUGCCAAGAUGAUGCGAUUUAUUGAACAGACACAUGAUCUAAACAAGUCAACACCUCUCCCACACAACAGUCUUGCUCUACAUCUCUUCUCCUUUUCCUCCCCCCUUUAUUACACAUCAAUUUGACUCUUUUUUUUUUCUUCAAAUAAAUCAAAUGUUGAAGUUAAUCUAUGUGUUUCCAGCACUGUUUUAGAGGUCUGUAUUAGUUUAGAGUGUGUUUGUCACUUUAAAUAUUCUUGUUGUUCUUUCUGUGCUUUUUAAGUUCAGCAGAUGUCUUAAAAUGAAAUUGAAUAUUUCAUUAGCUGAGUUCUGACAUAAAUCAUGCAGCUUUUGUUUUCAAGAAAGAACAUUUUGAUUGAAACCCUCAAUCAGACAUUUUUCAUCGGUACUCAUGAUAAAUGUGAUCAGUGUUUGAGCUUCUCUAAUAAAACCUCUGAUAUGUAGAA